AUGUUGAACCAAACAGCCUUGAUUGUUUCCGAAGUCGGCGGGCGCGUGAAGUCAACGUCAGACUGGCCCAUUCCUCGACCAGGACACAAACAAGUCCAAAUACGUGUCACAGUGGCAGGUCUCAACCCACAUGAUCAAAAGGCUCGCGAUAUAGGCCUCUUUAUCAAAGACUCCCUACCAGCCAUCCUCGGGCAUGACAUUACUGGAGUCGUUGCAGAUGUUGGACCUGGUGUCACCAAGUUCAAGACUGGGGAUAAGAUAGUCUCCCAAUCACAGCUAGUCGGUCAUCAUCAGAAAGCAUUGCAGCAGUAUGCAAUCGUGGAUGAGGACUUCUCAUCGAAGAUUCCAAAAGGAUUUAAUGAUCACGACGCUGCUACACUCCCCACAAACGCAGUUGCGGCACUCAUCAGUCUUUUCGACCCCAGUGGACUGGACAUUCCGGCGCCCUGGAGAAAGACAGACGUCUCUUUUGACUAUUCGGGAGCUACACUGCUCAUCCUAGGCGGAGGAAGCAACUGCGGAAGAUUUGGCGUCCAGUUUGCCCAAAUGGCUGGUAUUGGAAAGAUUGUAGUUGUUGGCGGCUCUGAAGAAGAACUCAAGAGAUGGGGUGCGACGCAUGUUUUGGACAGACAUGGUGGCGACGAGGCAGUCAUCAAACGUGUUCGCGAUGUUGUCGGCGAUGACCUUGUGUAUGCCUUCGACGCCAUAAACCCGCCUGAUGGCCAACAUCUCGCCAUCAGCGCGCUAUCUUCCAGCAAGACCGGAAAAGUUGCUCGCCUGCGUUUCUCUUCCGGGGCUAUCGAUGAGUCGAAGAUCGUUGGGGAGAAGAAAGCUGGAUAUGAGAUGCGUAACGUGCUCGGGUUGUCGCAUAUGAAGCCCAAUACAGCCAAGCCAUUCUGGGAUCGGGUAGAGGAAUACCUCAGGAACGAGAGUCUGGUACCGUUGAAGUACGAAGUUGUCGAUGGACUGAAUGUGGAGAAAGUCAACGGAGUGUUGGACCGGUACAGGGAUGGCAAGAAGGUCACUCAGACGCAUUUCAAAGUGUCCGAGUAA